GAGGCAUCCUUCACCUGGCCUGGGUUUCAGGAUGACUGAAAAAGAUGCAUGUUGAAGGGUCUGUGAAAGUCACUCGUAACUACGAAAGGACAUUGGCUUUGGAAGGGCUGUGACCUCCUCAGGAGUGCAAGUGCAAUGCUGCUGCUUCAUAGGGUUCCUCCACCCCACUCCUGGCCUCUAUAGGAUGGGGUUCACCUUGGAACCACAGAUUCAGAAUAAGUGGCAUGUCCUGGUGGGACUACAGACACACCUGACUGACCACUCAUUGCUUUGUUCCUGGCUCAGGGAUGCCAUACAGAAUGAAAGACAGGCCCUCUGCCCACCACCAUCUGUAAUAUAGUUGCUUCCUUACCACCUCCCCUAAAUUGAAUGAGGCAGGGACUACCAGCUGUUCCCAACCGCUGGGAUAGAAGCUGGCCAAGGUGGGUUCAGCUAGAAACUGGAAAAACUGAAAGAAGAUAAGUGGGGCAGGCAUGUAAUAGACAACAGCAGAGCAGGACCUGGCCUGGAUGCACCUGGGCCAGUGCAGGCAGAGGCAGGUAACUAGGGUGACCUAAAGUACCAGGAAGACCUGUGGGUAGGUGAGCUUGGAACUGAGAGAGUCACCCAGGAAAAGGAAGGAGCUUCCUUCCUAGGGAUCAGCACAUGCAGUGACUUGGCUGUUAGGUGGAAUGCUGUCCAGAAAGGUCAGAUCCUUGAGGGUUUGAAUACCACUAAAUGGUUGCUUGCAGAGGCAACUAGGUAGCCAAAGAAGGGUAGGUAGUUGUGGGACUUGUUUUAGUGGGACCGGGUUGCCUCAUGGCUACAUACCUCUUCUUUGACAAAUCUAGGAAACUCUUCUCCAGAGUCAUCUGGAAGCAACUCAACUAGCUGAGUGAUGGCAAAUAACUCUGGCCUCAGUUUCCUCAUAUGCAAGGGUGAGGACCCCACCUGGCUCACCAGGUUGCUGUCAAAAGGAAGAGAACACAGUGCCGAGGGUGGGCGCCUCCAGCCCGGAGAGGGAACCGGUGGUCAUGCCUUUUUUCGUGCAAUCCCCAUACGCUUAAAAAUCUCUACAAAAAGGAAGGAUUCAAAAAGAAAAAGAAUCCCAAAGUCAGGGGGUCAGGUCUCAGAGCGGCCUCAGUCUGACCCGCCAAAGUAAGUAAGCCGGCAGUGGCAAACACGCUGGGGACCUCCAGCACGCCCAGCUCCAAACUCGCAUAGCCCGAUGAAACACGGUCCUCCCACUUCCCACCUUCCUCGAGCUCCUCAAGACCGUUCUACCUGUGUUUCUCGCUGGUGGACCGGCCUCUGUUUCCGACUUCGUCCGCAGCCUCGGCCAAUCAGGUUGAAGAGGAACGGGGCCAAAACACUCUCUCUUUGGACACUGCUCGUAGGGGGCGGGGCGAGGGCGGAGUGCACGUCAAAGCGGAAGUGGGUCGUCGCGCUGCUGAUUUCGUAAGCCGCGGCUGCUGAGGAGGUUCCGCUGGCUGCUGUGUACGCGGCGAGUUACACCUGGUGCGGCCCGCUCGGCUCCCACUGCGCCCUGCUCGGCUCCCACUGCGCCCUCGAACCGGGUCUCAACGCCAGCUGCGGCCGGGUAGCCAUCUAAACAUGGACUCCGCCGGCCAAGAUAUCAACCUGAAUUCUCCUAACAAAGGUCUGCUCUCCGACUCCAUGACAGAUGUCCCUGUGGACACAGCGGUGGCUGCCCAGGCUCCUGCUGUUGAGGGUCUGACAGAGACCGAGGCCGAGGAGCUCAGGGCGGAGCUUGCAAAGGUGGAAGAGGAAAUUGUCACUCUGCGCCAGGUGCUGGCAGCCAAGGAGAGGCACUGUGGCGAGCUGAAGAGGAAGCUGGGCCUUUCCGCCUUGGAGGGCCUGAAGCAAAACCUGUCCAGGAGUUGGCAUGAUGUGCAGGUCUCCAAUGCCUACAAGAAAACCCAGGAAACCCUGUCUCAGGCGGGUCAAAAGACCUCAGCGGCCCUGUCCACCGUGGGCUCUGCCAUCAGCCGGAAGCUUGGGGACAUGAGGGCUCGGCCCUUCUCACACUCCUUUAGCAGCCACUCCAUCCGCCACUCCAUAAGUAUGCCGGCCAUGAGGAAUUCUGCUACCUUCAAGUCAUUUGAGGACCGAGUUGGGACCAUCAAGUCUAAAGUUGUCGGUGGCAGAGAGAAUGGUGGUGACAACCUUCCCUCUCCAACGGGGAGUGGUGACAGACCGUUGCCCGAUCACAUACCUUUCUAAGACUGUAGCGAUUUUGCCUGGCCAUGGAAUAAGCACACCCUCAUCGCCACAACUGCAACUUCGAGUGGUGGGUGUGGAGGACAAUUAUGCCAUCCCCAUGGAGACGUGGUCGCCGCACUCGCAUGGGUCAGAGAACACGCCUUGUCCACAGAUGCCUCCCCCUCUGUCAGAUCAGCAGGUCAUUUCGCCAUCCUGCCUUAGGGCAGGGAGUGGGCCGGAUGGUGGGUCCCAGGGUGACUGAGCCAAAGCCAGGCUUCUGUUGGGAAUCUCUUAGUUGGUCAGCAUGUUUAAAGGGGGGAAUGUGAUAAGUGUAAAAUGCGCUGUGUUUUCCGAAGUCUUUCCAUAAGUCACAGAAGGACGAGUCAUCCAGAAAGCCCUGCCUGAUCUGCAGUUUAAUUUCAAAAUGCUAAACAGGAAGACUAUCCAUGUUUUGAGACCUUCCAGAAAGAAGCUGAUUAUCAGCAGCUGCCUAAUUGUUACACUAACAAUCUAGCUUUAACAAAAGCAAAGUCUUUAUUUUCUAUAAAUGCAGUGGGUUUUUCAAAAAGUAAAACUAAGCGAAGCAGCUUUAGCCUCAUAGUUAGAAAGUAUUUCUUUGGACUCAAGCUGAAAUGCACGCCUUACAUCGCCUUAUGCUUUGUUUAUAAUGUUUUUAUAUACAAACGAGGAUUCUUUAGUGGGUUUUGAGCAUUAUGUAAAACCCUGCAUCCAGCCAAGGGGCAGCACGGCUGUGCCAGUGCUGUAUUUUAUUUCAUGAGUGCACUCCAUCCCUGUGUAGAAACUGGCUUCUCUCCUCUUGGUGACCACAGCAGCACCUGCUGGCCAGUGGGGAUGGAGGCAGGAGAAAGACCAGCCCCUCCAUGGAAGGCUGGCCUUGCCCUUGCACAAGCCAGCCCUAGCUGGCUCCUCCCCCGUCAGCAGCUGCAGCCUGUGGGUAUGCCACAUGCCGGGGCUGGCAAGCAGCAGGCAGACCCUGCAGGUAGGUCAGGGCUGGGGCUUCGGGUCAGCUGGGACUCUGCUGUUGCCUUUUCUCAGGAGCUACAAAGAUCUCUUUCUCCUCUGAUGCUGCCACAGCCCAGCAGCCUCACCCCUGGCCCCAUGUCUGGUGCAUCUGGAGGGGCAGCUCUGUGCCUUACAGGCUCUUGGUGGGCAGAGACCUCGACCACCUGUGUGUGCUUUCGAGGGGGAGGAGCCAUCGGCUUAGUGUCCUCUCUGCUGGACUGUGAUGUGCUGCCUGGUACCUGCAUGUGCUGGUCACUUCAGACACUUUGGGGGCGGGGGGGCUGCAGUCCACGCUGUGCCUUGGGAGGAAUGCUGCUCCAUGCUCUUUCCCUUGGAGUCUCAGAUGGGGUGUGGUGGGAAGGCAGGAUGCAGGGAUAAUGACUGUAUCCUGGGUUUCUCUUUUCCAUAAAGUAAAUAAUGGUGAUUUGUCAAUAAAGCAUUUCUUUGGGGGAAAACAGA